AGACUCGAGUCCGGCAGUCAGGGCCGCCUGCCUGCCGUGACUUGCCAAUGUUGAAUGCAUCAUGGCAUGUACCAGAUCUUGGCGUCCGUCUCUCGAGUCUCAACCCCCUCUCAACACACUGCACAGCAUUUGGUAUUACCUAGUUCGUUCUCUGGGCCGAGAGUCCGAGCGUCUUCCAAUUGUCCGACCUUUCUUGCUGUUUGAUUUCUGCUGGCAUGUCACUAGCUUAAGUUGUCUGCCAUUUUGCUGCCGGUCAAUAUAUGGCUCCCGUCAAGACGAAAAAGAGGAACGGGGGCCGGUCCAACGUAGGGAACCCUAAACAGCGGCCAAUAAGGAAACGUGCCGGGAGAAAGUCGCCCCUACCAGAUGAAAAUGCAGGGACAGCAUUGCAAAUUGCGAUACAUACCAGAGUCGAGGAACAGCAAACAACGCUGUGCAUUGAGCAGACUGCAAUAGUGCAGGGGCUCGUAGUGGAAGAUGGGACAAGAGUUACUUCUCAAGAAGUAGUCAAGUCCCUUGAAGUUCAUGUAGAGUCUGAGAUUCCUAGGACUGCCCAGAACGAAUUGGACAACAAUGUAGUGGUCCCGAGUGUUGAUCAGGAGACUGCGGUUGUCAACCAGGAAGAUGGAAGACACAAUAUUGGUUCCAGCAAGAUCGUUGGCCCAGCUCGAAAUUGGCCUCCAAGGCAAAAGCAGCACUUUGCCUACUUUCUUGUCAUGGACUUGGAGUGGACUUGUGACAAGGGGGACAAACAGCCUGAACCACAGGAGAUAUGGGAGUUUGCGACUGUUCUUUUCAACGCUGACACGCUGAAGAUUGAGGGUACCUUCCAGACCUUUGUUCGACCAACAGAGCACCCUGUUCUGACAGACUUCUGCAAGCAAGUAACAGGUGGCAAACAAAAAGAUGUUGACCGCGGCACGUCGCUCCAGGAUGCACUGGAGGCACACGACAAUUGGCUCCUAGAAAAGCGCCUCUUGGACGAAAGACAAGAGGAGGCAGUGAGGGAGAGAGAAGACAUGGUCGACUUCGCAGUGGUGACUUGGUCGAGUGGAGAUUGCAAGAUUCUGGAUGCAGAGUGCAGAUACAAGAAGAUCAGGAAGCCCGCCUACUUUGACAGGUGGAUCGACUUGCGUGAGUUUUGGACCCGUAUGCCAGGGUAUCGAGACGUCGAAUACGUUCUCCAGGGUGGCCUAGAGGCGCACGUGGAGUAUUCUGGCUUGGAGUGAGAGGGCCGUGCACACUCAGCCAUUGACGAUGCCAGGAAUACGGCACGUCUGGCUGCGGCAUGAUCCAAAAAGGGCAGCUGCUCCAAAUGGGGCGACAUAAGCUGGAUGCUGACGGCACGUACAUACCAGAUUAUAACGUAUGGUGAUGAAUUGAGGUAGUGAUUGGGAAUCGCUAAUCCCUUAGAUGCGGCUGCAUGCUGCAGGCUAUGCAGUUUGGUGUUGAACAAGACGCUUUGACUCCUAGCUAGACUAUUAUGAAGACUAUGGCUUGAUUGGUUGGUUCACUAUUUACGGUUGAUAACAUGUAGACCUGCUAUUAGGUUACGGCGGGCCCGUACUAAGUCAACAAUUGACGUUGGCUUAUGCAUUCUACGUAUUUUUCAGUGCAGUCCUAGGAGAAGACGCUCUGAACUCAGGCUUGGUGGAUAGACUACGUCAUAAACUUGAACCGUCAGUAGAAGAUUGAUAUAAUUUAUCUGUUCGGAGUCUGCAGUCAAGGUUGCCGGCAAUGGCCUGCACGGUCACUAGACAGAUCAUUCGAGUCGACGUUGAUUUUGACCAGACGAGCCGAAAGUUAUAAGAGACGAUCCGUAAUCAAAGAUUUAAGUAUGUUUUUGG